AUGAAUGCUGGCGACCGGGCCAGCGGGACCAGCCAAGUGGUGAAUACCCACACGUUCUCAUUUGACCACGUGUAUGACCAAGUGGCUUCCCAACCAGAGGUGUACACAAACACUGCACGAACAUCAGUGAUGUCAGCCCUGGAUGGCUACAACGCCACGAUCUUGGCGUAUGGCCCAACCGGAACAGGGAAGACCUACACCAUGGAGGGAUCUCGUCAAGAUGGGGGCAUCAUCCCACGGUCCAUGGAGGACAUCUUCCAGCAUAUCCAAGAUGCUCAGCAUGCCCACGCAUCCUUCCAGGUUCGUGCAUCCUACCUGCAGAUAUACAACGAGGUCAUCUCUGACCUGCUAAAGCCUGAUCGGUCGCACUUGAUGAUCCGCGAAGAUCGCAGGAAGGGGGUUUUUGUGGAGGGCCUCUCAGAAUGGCUCUGCCGAAGCCCGGACGAGGUGCAGACUUUGAUGGGGCAUGGAUCGACUGCCAGGGCAACAGCUCAGACAGGCGCCAAUGACACAUCCAGUCGCUCCCAUGCAGUCUUCAUCAUAGUGGUGGAGCACGAGAGCAUUGAGGGCAAGCGCACAGGCCGGCUGAACUUGGUGGACCUGGCUGGCUCGGAGAGGCCACGCUUGACAGGCGCCACCGGCCAGCGCCUGGAGGAGACAAAGAAGAUCAAUCAGAGCCUCUCCGCUCUAGGCAACGUUAUUUCAGCGCUGACUGAACGGCGCGGCCCUGUUUGCCGGCCCCACGUCCCCUAUCGCGACUCGAAGCUCACACGACUGCUGGAGGAUUCUCUUGGAGGAAACUGCCGCACUACAAUGAUGGCCAUGGUGUCGCCAGCCGCGGAAGCUUUCGCAGAGUCCCUGUCGACACUGAAAUUUGCGCAGCGUGCCAAGGGCGUGAUUACCACCCCUCAGGUGAAUGAAGACCUGGACCCCUGGACUUUGACCAGGAGGUACGAGGCAGAAAUCCGGCGGUUGCGCAGUGAACUCGCCGAGCGCAGCCAGGAGGUCAAGAGGAGCGUUGCCUCAGAGCACCCUGAGUCUCUAGAUCGGUAUAGCUUGCCCACUGAGUCAAUGACACCAUUGCGUACCGACCUGGCUGGUAGCCGAUCUUCGAGCGUGUCCGUUGCAAAAGAACGCGCGGCUGUAGAGGAGGACAAGGCGCAGGUGGGCCGAUACAAGCAACUGCUUCUCAAGCAGCGGGACAUCAUGAUUGCUUUGACACAGCGCCUGCACGAGCGCGAUGAGACAAUCAUCGGGCUGCAGGCUGAGCUGGACGCACGUGACCGUUGCAUCGAUGAGCUGACGCAGCGUGCAGAGCGCCAGGCCCUCCGCUUGGCAGCCGCAGAGAAGGCGCUGCAGGCCACUUCAAAGGCCAACAUGGCCAUGUCUGGCGGCACUGGCGGCGGCGGCGGUGGUUCUUCUGCCGGCGCUCCAGGACCAGGCCUGUUUCCACGACAGCCGCCGCCGGUAGCUAUCCAGACCGCCCUGCCAGAGGCUCCUCCAUCACCGAAGGCAUCUCCUCGGGCGGAGUUGGACUACCUGCCGAGAUACCUCCCAGAAAGCCGGAUCAAUUCCCCGACCGCUUCCGACAGGAGCCACCGCAGAGCUGCCGAGCCCAGCGCCGUGGCCGGCAGACCUUUGCUAAGUGCGGACGACAAGGUGCUUGAGCUAACUGCGCUCCUGGAGACGCAGCGGCAAGAAAAUCACAGGAUGAAGCUGGAGCUGGAGACUAUGCAAGACUCCGUGCUCCCGUUCCACAGCGAUGUGCCCAAUCACCGCACAGAUCUGCUUGGACGAUUCCGUGACCGGCAGUCCUGGACGAGGUCCCACAGUGUGCAGGAUGAUGUUCGUCGGCACGGAUGGACACAACCUGCAGUGAAGAGCGACAGUUUCAUGGGAAUGCGACCCAGUGGGGCAAGAUGCGCAAUCUGA